AACAGCAUUGGCCGCCCAAAGGAAUAGGGCUGCACCCGGAGAUCCAAUCAGUCUCCAGACGUUGCCGGGCGUUAAAAAAAUCCCUAAUUCAAAGUUUAAAUAUGAUGAAUCUUAUAAUGUAAA